GUGCCCCCUCCUUCCCUUUGCCGAUCCGCACCCAAACCCUAAUCUUUCUAAAAAGUAAAACCCCGCCUCUCCCAUGGCCGCCGCCUCGCCGCCGCCCUCCCCGCCCCAUCCAAAGCGCCCCAAGAUGUCCUCCUCCUCCGACCCCGAGCCGGAGCCCACCUCGCUGUCUGCCGCCGGCGCCGACCCCGGGCAGCCUCGCCGCCGCUACAAGCGCCGCAAGGUGGCCAUCAUCCUGGCCUACUGCGGCGCGGGGUAUCAGGGUAUGCAGAAGAAUCCGGGCGCGCGCACCAUCGAGGGCGAUCUCGAGGAGGCGCUCUACCAGGCGGGCGCCGUCCCUGAAGCCGACCGUGCCGCGCCCGCCCGAUACGAGUGGGCACGCGCAGCGCGCACCGAUAAGGGCGUGAGCGCCGCCGCGCAAGUUGUCUCCGGACGCUUCUACGUCGACCCGCCGGGAUUCAUUGACCGGCUGAAUGCGAAGCUCGCACCACAGAUCCGGGCCUUUGGCUACGUGCGCGUCACCAACUCCUUCAGCGCUAAGAAGUUCUGCGACCGCCGGAGGUAUGUGUAUCUGCUCCCCGUCUUGGCGCUCGACCCCAGCGCACACCCAGACCGCGAGGCUGUCAAGGCAAGCGCGGGGAGUGAGAACCAACUUGCGAAGUGCGUGGAGUGCUCCGAGAGGGGGAGGAAGGUGCCAGAUAUUAUGGGCCGGGAGGGGAAGUUGCCCGACUCCGAGGAGGAGAAGGUUCUUGAUACGCCUGGAGAGGAAACUGUGGCUGCUCAUGGAGAAUUAGGGGAUGCAAAAUCUGUUCCAGCAAGCUCUGUUACUGAGACUGGGCUGGGAGAUGGUGUAAUGAUUGAUCUACCGAGCUCUGGUAAUGGAACAGAAGCUCAAAAUGCUGAACUGGGAUCAAAUGGGGCAGGAAAAUGUGAUAUUGAAACUGCAGUUGGUAAUUGCCAUUCUGAAGCUGUACCAACCAGCGCCAGUGAGACCAUCUGUUCAACUGUAGGUUCAGUCGAUGUCAUUGCUUCAGUUGUAGCUGAGAAGGAGAAUAAUUUUGAGCCUGCAGAUAUUGAAAAGGAGAGAAUGCAAGCUACAAAUAUUCAGAAGGAAAAUGGAGAAGAAAGUCCCCUUCUGAAAAACACAUUUGCUUACACUGAUGAAGUUAAAGAGAAGUUCAAUAGGAUCCUCAAGCAUUAUGUUGGAACCCGUAAUUUCCACAACUUCACCACAAGAACUAAAGCUGAGGAUCCUGCAGCCAAGAGGUACAUCAUUUCCUUCACUGCCAAUACCGUUGUUAGUCUGGAUGGGAUUGAUUUUGUCAGAUGCGAGGUUGUCGGGCAGAGUUUCAUGCUUCAUCAGAUCCGGAAGAUGGUUGGCCUUGCUGUAGCAGUGAUGAGGAACUGUGCACCUGAGUCAAUCUAUGACGUUGCCUUUCGCAAGGAUAUCAGACUUAAUGUGCCUACUGCACCCGAGGUUGGACUCCACCUCGAUGAAUGCAUGUUUACCUCAUAUAACUCAAAAUGGAUGGAUACACAUGAGGCAGUUUCAAUUGAACCCUAUGCUGAGGAGGCUGAAGAGUUCAAGAUCAAGUACAUCUUCCCUCAUAUUGCUGCAAUGGAACACAAGGAGGGAGCUGUAGCACUCUGGUUGCACUCAUUGAACAGCAGAAACUAUCCAGAUUUCCGCUACAUGGAGACCACUGGAUCUGAGGCAAAGGUUGGGGCUGUAGUUGAGAAUAUGGAAGAAGUGCAAAUGCCUAGUAAUAAUGUAAGCGAGUAACUUUUUGCAAGGAACAUGCAAGACCGAUGGAUAUUUCUGAUUGUCCUGUUCACCUGGAGAGUUGAAACAUUGCUUGGAAUAAAGACUGAAGAGAAAGGGUUGCUGCUUUUGUCCUAUGAAGUGCUGGCAUCAAAAUGGUCGGAAGCAUAAGUUAUCUGCUCUAGUGUUAUCUUAAGGCAAUAUCUGUUACAGCGGAGAUCAGCUUUCCCAGAUAGAUAUUUUUAAGUUGAUUUAUAUGAUCUAUGUAACACUCUGAGACUGAAUUAUGCCCCCUGGAAAAUACUUCAUUGAAUCCAGCAUGCAGUUCAAUAGGUUCAAUAUAUUGUAUGGCUUAGACCUGAAAUAUGUUGUUUCUAGUCUUUAAUUCUUUUCAGGUUACAUUACAGUAUUUACAUUUUCUUCUUGUAAUCACAUUAUGUGCAUUCGUCUUGGCUUGAUUCAGACUCAUAUCCAUUGCUAGCAUAAUUGCUGUGUGUUUACUGUUA